AAAAUAUACCUUGAGCUAGUUCUAGCUGUUUGCUCGUGAACCUUGACUAUUCUUCUCUCAAGUCUCCCUUAGUCUCUCCUAUAUAUGUAUGACAUUAUCUGUUAGAUUCGUAAUGUGUGCAAGCAAAAAUGGGUGCCAACAAUUCUUUCUUUGCUUCAGUUUUGCUUUCACUACUUCUGCUACAUUUGUGUUUGCAACAUGACGUAGUUGAAGGUGCUGAAAGAGAAGCCUUGGAAAUAAUCAUUGGUGGUGGAGGCAGCUACAGCCCUCCUCCUGCUCCCUCCCCCGAAUACGAAGAAUGCCCUCCCCCUCCGCCCCCUCCUUGCCCGCCGCCACCAUUCCCGCCACCGCCACCUCCAUCACCGCCACCGCCGUCACCUCCUCCACCACCAUCACCACCACCGCCGUCUCCACCACCACCACCUCCAUCACCGCCACCGCCGUCUCCACCACCACCACCAAAACUCCGUCCGUCUCCACCACCACCACGACCACGACCACAACCACGACCACAGAACGACCGACUUGGAAUUGCCCUCAAAGUAAUUAUGAAGUUCAAAAACCUAAUCGGGUGUGACCCACAAAAGAUCAAAGACACAUGGGUCGGCAACAAUCCUUGCAAAUUCAAGGGCUUUACCUGUGCAGUGGUCCCUUCCUAUAACCAAAAUGCAGUCGCCGGAGUUGACUUCAAUGGCAAACAGCUAUCUGGCAAACCGUGCGGUGGCAAAGAUGUAAAGCUACCCCUUGACGGUUUCAUGGACAAGUUACCAGACUUGGUGUUUUUCCAUGCCAACUCCAACAAUUUCACAGGCCUGAUCCCGAAAAUCGACAUAUCCAAACAGAAAUACUUCUACGAGCUCGACGUCAGCAACAACAAGCUUACUGGGGGUUUCCCAUCUGAAGUUCUAAGUGCCACAAACUUGACAUUCUUAGAUCUCCGGUUCAACUCUUUCUGUGGGUCAGUUCGACCCGAAGUGUUCUCCCUGGACGUUGAUGUACUCUUCCUCAACAACAACAAUUUCACUGAGCAGAUUCCUGAUGCUCUUGGCUCCUCACCAGCACAUUAUCUCACUUUUGCCAACAACGAGUUCUCGGGUCCAAUCCCAAAUAGCAUUGGCAAAGCAUCAAAAACGCUUUAUGAGGUCCUCUUCCUCAACAACCAACUCUCAGGGUGUUUGCCAUGGGAAAUCGGCAAACUUAACCAGGCAACCUUGUUCGAUGUGAGCACCAACCACUUAACAGGCCCAAUUCCUCAUUCCUUUGCUUGCUUGGCCAAGAUGGAGAUUCUGGUCUUGGCCAACAACCAGUUCUAUGGAACAGUGCCUGAGUUGGUAUGCAAGCUCCCCGGCUUGACGAACUUGUCGUUAGCAAACAACUAUUUUACCCAAGUCGGACCGGAGUGCAGAAAACUGAUCAAUAAAGGGUUUCUCGACGUCAAGAACAAUUGUAUCUUGGACCUUAAAGAUCAAAGAUCAAAGAGUGAUUGUGCUUGGUUCUUCUCUAAGGCCAAACACUGUCCCAACGAGCGGUCCAUGCUUUACAUUCCUUGUCAAACGCACUAUUCAAAUGAGAAGAAGCCUGAACAUCGAGGACAAGCUUCUGCCCCAUUAAGUUAUGGCACUCUUAAACCGCAUAAUCCGUGAUCUUCAUGCUCUUAGGGGACUCAUCAUAUCAAAGAUGAGUCAUGGUGGGUCUUGAUCUGCAAUUUCUUAUGCAUAUAUGUUUUACUCGUUAAUGUUUAUAACUUCGAUCAUGCUAAUGUAACCUGAUUUGUAGUACCGAUUAAGGUGCAAAUUAAUAGAAUAAUGAUGAGGUUUCCAUUAGUUCUAUAA